AUGAUCUCUACCCGUAAUUCUGUUCUUACUAUUACUACUACUACUACUACUACUACUACUACUACUACUACUACUACUACUACUACUACUACUACUACUACUACUACUACCACUACUACUACUACUACUACUACUACUACUACUACUACUACUACUACUACCACUACUACUACUACUACUACUACUACUACUACUACUACUACUACUACUACUACUACUACUAUUAAUCACGCUAUUUUUAUUUCAAACGUUUAUGAAUACAUCUUCGUAAUUGCUCAUUCUUUUAAUUACCCAGGUUCCGUCUCUAACCUGGCCACACUCAGAUAG